AGAUCGAGUCAUCUGCGAUCAGCCGACUGCGGAGGGAAGAGUGAUAAAAGUUAAAAAGAGAAAUAGCGAGUCAAGUGAUAAUCUAUUCUAUUGAUUUUUACCAUUCGGGAAAAAUGAAUAUAGAACAAGGGAAAAAAUUUGACUCCAUCCUAAAGUACCUAAACAAUAAAUUGUUGGAACCUUCACGGUUGGGAGACGGAAAAUCAUCACCCGAAGCUUUUGAUCAUAUGAACCGGAGAAUAUCAACUCUAGAUAAUAACAUAAGUGACUCUCUACGGUUUUGGGAAGAAAGGAAAGAAAACGACUACAGUGAUUCUGCUAAGAUGUUGAUUGAUGACCUAACAAGCGAAUUGGACAAAAUUGAGGCUUAUGGUUCAAAUCAUGGCUACAUUUGCUAUAAUUCAAAUGCUUCUUCCCCGCAAGACAAUUGUGAAAAUAGCACAGAUUUUGUUUCACCAGAUUUACAGAACAGCAUUUUGAAAGACCAAAGCAUUAUUAACCACAAAGUGGCCUCAAAAAGGUUCAUAGGGAAAAAAUUACUAUUUGAUGGAGCAGAUUAAUUGAAAAAAAAGAAACUUUUUCAAAUUGUAUUGUAUAGUUUAUUUUUUCUUACAUUAUAAAUACCUGGUCUCAGUUGAAUAUACAAAAUAAAUAUAAAAAGUAACUUUCUGAAUAAUUAAAAAAAAAAAUUAUAACAAUAUUAAGUUUUUUGUACUACUUCAAAAUAUCUUAUCAAUGAAUUUUGAUGAAUUGCCUAAUUAAUAAUUAAAAAUUUGAAAACAUAUUUGGAAUGUUAAUGUUUUAUUUAGUAAAAAAUUACAUAAAGAAACGUGUAAAAAUUAAAAGUAAAAAUUAGGUCGACUUCUAUUGUCUAGUGUUUUCCUUUAUUUCGAAUUAAAAAAGCCCAAAGGAUGCCAUAAAGAACUGCACCUCCCAACAGGAUGCCGAUCCCA